AUGGGUUGUUGUACUUCGAGUGCCAAAAGUAAUCUAAAGCCUUUACGGAUGGGAUCACCUCUACAGGUGGCGCAGACCAUGAAGAUGACUAAAAGUGGUCACGGAAUCAAUGCAAAAGUGGUCAGAAGACCAAUGAGUCAGAAAGAGGCCGAGAAGAUAGCCCGCGACCCCAACAGCGGCCCAGACUUUCAACUGGUGUUCAAUCCUCCGCUCAGUAUUUGCCAUAAAUUGACAAAAUAUGUGUAUUUGUCGGGAAUCGCGGCUCUGACUAAAGAAAACCUCGAGCAUCUGGGCAUCACUUUAAUCAUAAACGCCACUUACGAGUGGCCUAAUGUCGAGCCCGAAGGCAUCACCUGUUAUAGAGUUCCGUUGGACGACUCAGAAGGCGACGACAUCUCCAUCUACUUCGACGACGUGUCCGAUAAGAUCGAGGAAAACGCUCAAAACGGAGGCAAGACUUUAGUGCACUUGCACUGUAUGGCCGGCGCGAGUCGAUCGACAACUCUUGUAUUGGCAUAUCUGGUAAAAUACGAGAGAAUUGCGCUCAAGAAUGCCUUCAUAUCAGUGAAGAAGCGAAGAGAGACCGCCAGACCUAAUGUCGGCUUUUGGGACCAACUCAUCAAAUAUGAGAUUAAGAUCAGAGGCGUUGCGUCCGUCAAAAUGAUUACCAAAAAAGUGGACGGCUUUGACAUUAUUUAUCCCGAUUUCUAUGAGAAGGAGUUCCAGGCGUUGAGAGACAGAGAAAUUAACAAACAGCUCAAUGAACUGAAAGAAAAGCUCAAUAAUCCUAAUGUUAAGUCUAAAUAUAAGGGUCAGACUAAUGCUUAUGAAUAG